UCGGAAAGUGAUGAUAAUAUUUUAUUAUCUCAAAGAUUGUCUUGUACAUCGGAAAGAAGUAGUAGCGUUUUAUCAAUAGAUUUAAAACAUUAAACAGUAAACAAGCAGUCGAGGACGACGUGGGAAAUUUAUCCAAUUAAAACGACUGUAGCCUAUCUUAAAUAUUUGCGAGGUUGAAGAAGUGGAGUUAUCUCUAAUGAUGGGUAUUGAAUCUCGCCUAAAUUAAUCUGGGAUUCCAUCUUGCUAUGGUUUCGUUUUAAAACUGGCCAUUUUCAUUUUACAGACUACUGUAGCCUUUUUGCAGGCGCACAUUUUGCACAUUUUGAAGAGUUGGGCUAAUUGGCCUACUUCAGAGGAAACUUGUGUUGUUUGUCUGUUUAUAUGAGCAAAACCUUAAAUUAUCAGUUAAGAGCGUGAACCCUGAGGAUCAUUUUUUUGUGUGACAAACCUUAUCAUUGACCUAUUCUCGGUUAUGUUAGCGGUGGGGCAGAUGGACGGGUCCCGACAGAGCGCCUUCCUCUUAAACACCCCACCUUUAGCAGCUUUGCAUAGCAUGACGGAGAUGAAGACCCCACUCUACCCCGCUUACCCGUUACCUUCCACCGGGCCUGCAUCUUCUACCUCACCUACUGCCACCUCUCCCAACCCCGGUGGCAUCCCGGUGUCCUCACCGGGUAUCAAAACAUCCUCCGGAAUGUCAUCUCUCGGAUCCCCCCAUCAAUGCAGCGCGGCAGGGACACCUCAUGGAAUUAACGACAUCCUCAGUCGUCCUUCGGUCCUUGCUCCUGGAGCUGCUGCUGCGGUUGCUGCGUCCUCUUCUGCCGGAAUCUUGUCUGGACUGCCCCGCUUCAGUAGCUUGAGCCCCCCGCCACCCCCUGGACUGUAUUUCAGUCCUAGUGCUGCGGCAGUGGCAGUGGCUCGAUACCCAAAGCCGUUGACAGACCUUCCAGGCAGGACCCCAAUAUUCUGGCCGGGAGUCAUGCAGAGCCCACAUUGGAGAGACGCCAGAUUUGCCUGUUCACCCCAUGCUUUAUGUUUUACAUUUUCAGAUCAGAAUUCUGUACUGCUCGACAAAGAUGGGAAAAGAAAGCAUACACGUCCCACGUUCUCUGGACAGCAAAUAUUUGCCCUGGAAAAAACUUUUGAACAAACGAAAUAUCUGGCUGGGCCGGAGAGAGCACGACUGGCCUACUCGUUGGGAAUGACAGAAAGCCAAGUGAAGGUGUGGUUUCAAAACCGAAGAACGAAAUGGAGAAAACGGCAUGCGGCUGAGAUGGCCUCGGCAAAGAAGAAGCAGGAUUCGGAGACCGAGAGACUGAAAGGGGCCUCGGAGAACGAAGACGAUGAUGAUGAUUAUAACAAACCGUUGGACCCUAACUCAGACGACGAGAAAAUAACACAAUUACUGAAAAAACACAAACCCAACUCCUCACUAAUUAUUCAUACGUCAGAAAACGAAAGUUCGUAGACUGACACUGGGGAAAGACUUGACGCAACAUUUCAACGUGAAUUAUGGAACUGCUUGUGUCCCUUUUAAUAAGUUCGCACGAGGACAGAGGACGCGUCCCAGAUAAAAGGAAUAGACACAGUUUUGUAGUGUGGAACAAUGGACAAAACUUGGACUCUGCAAUUUAUAGAAGUUUCAACAUUAAGAAGAUGGUACUUACAUGUAAAUAGAAACGUGAGUUGUAUUAAAUAGAAAUUAUAUUGCUGUGAAUAUUUAUGUGUAAAAAAACUUUUUGUAUAGAAAGCACUGCUGAGUCUCUUCCUCUCAGUUCUUCUGACGUCUAACAUCUUUACAAAAAGCAUAGCCUAUAUUUUCAUCUUCGUUUUCGUUUUGUUUUUGAAACUUGAAAUUUACAUUGCUUUUCAUAGUGGAGUAGGCUAAUAAAAUGUACCUGUUAAUCGGACCCAGUUUCAAAUAAUAGCCCAUGAUAUCUGAACAAGCUUAACUGGCAAACACAUUAGGUAUGUGGUCUAUAUAAGAAAAAUAAACCUAUUUCUAAAAUACAGAAAUGAAAUUAGACACAUAUUUUACGUGUAAAUAAUACUGCAGGUUGUAGCAGAAUUGAAAUAUAAUUGCUGUUUGCUGCCUCCCCACACACAAACACACACUUUACAUAAUUUAUAUAAUGUUUUAAGUUUGUAACAGUGAUUUAAUCCUGCAUAAAUGUGUACCGCGGGUUCGUAUGUAAUGCACUUUUAUUUAAUAAAAGGUAAAAUGCA